AUGUACAACCCUCUGCAUCCGUCGCCCAAGCCUCCCGCUUUUGGAGAAGACACCGUAGUGCCCGAGGAAACAUCUUCGUACUGGUCCAGACUGAUCUUCUCAUGGCUCGACCCCUUCAUGACGGUGGGCUUCUCGCGCCCCUUACAGAAAGAAGAUCUCUGGCAGCUUCCUCCAGAUCGUCUUACAGGCAAUCUAAGUGACGAAGUCGAGCGAGCCUUUUACGACAGGUGCGCGCCCGAACAGCGGCCGGCUUUCCUACGUGAGCGCUCGCCACCGGAGCACGGGGAAGUCGUCAAGGAUUCCGCUUCCUCGACUACCGAGGCGCCGGGAGAUGAAAAGCAGGCCUUCGCCGAGAAGAGAGAUGCCAAGCUCGAGGGAAAUGCAGCACCUGAGGUACCUUCUCACACAGGGAACAAUCAGGAUACGGCGCCGGGCCCUGUCAAUAAGAAGAAAUACGACGGUUCGCUGCUCAAGGCUUUACACAAGACGUUCUUCUGGCGCUGGUGGUCUGCUGGUAUUUUGACUCUCAUCGCGAAUACGUUGACUACAACGUCGCCGCUCGUCAACAAGCUGUUUCUGACCUGGCUCACGGCGUCAUACACAUGGAGUCAUAUGUCCGCAGAGGAGCGCAAGCAAUCUGGCGAGAGCGCUCCGAAAGGCAUCGGCUACGGCAUCGGACUGGCAUUUGCGCUCUUUAUAAUGCAGGUGACGAUGACCACCGGUCUGCAAGUGCGCACGAGUGUUAUCGGCUGCAUCUUCCGCAAAUCUCUCCGCCUGAGCGGGCGUGCGCGGAUGGACCACAGCGUCGGCCAGAUCACCACGAUGAUAUCGACGGACGCCAUGCGAUUGGAGCGAGUCACUGCAUACGCGCAUAUCCUGUGGGUUGCGCCCAUACAAAUUGCGAUAGGGAUCGGUCUGCUGAUCGGGCAGUUGGGAUACUCUGCGCUGGUCGGACUCGCGGUAUUGGCCGUUGGCUUUCCCCUACAGUCGCUCUUCGUGCGCACCAUGUUUAGGCAGCGCAAACAAGGUGUUGUCGUCACCGAUCAGCGUGUUCGACUUGUUACCGAGGUCCUGCAGGGCAUCCGUCUGAUCAAGUACUACGUGUGGGAGAGCUUCUAUGCCAAUCAAGUCUGGAGCGUGCGGAAGCGUGAGCUCAACCAUAUCAGAAGACUCGGCAUCGCUCGAGCUAGUCUCAUCAGCCUUGUUGCUGUAGUACCGGUGCUCGCUGCGAUCUUGUCUUUCAUCACCUAUGCACUGAGCGGGCACGACCUGAACGUCGCCGUCAUUUUCACCGCCCUACAAUUUUUCAACAUCCUCACGACGCCGCUCCGGAAUUUCCCGCUCGUCUUCAGUGUGUCCUCCGACGCAUACGUCGCCCUCGGCCGCAUCUCCAAGUUCCUCGUGGCGGAUGAGCUUGCGGAGCCCUAUCGCAUUGAACCGAUAAGCGAGCAUGCCAUCGACGUCGAAGGUGACUUCUCAUGGGAGACCGUAAAGAAGCCUGAGGCCGGUAAGUUCGGGCGCGGAGGACGUGGGCGCGGAUCUGGUGUCAAGGAGGGCGCCAAAGAUCAGAAAAAGGAUGGAUCUGGCAAGAAGCUGACAGGUCUGUUCACGCGACGAAGAGGCAAUGAGAACACGGUGCUGCCCAUGACCGCUGUGGGCGACAAAAAAGUGGACCCAGACGAAACGUCCGAUGAGAAGCCGUUUGCGCUGAACAACCUCAGCCUGAAGGUGCCUAAGGGCUCGUUCGUCGUCAUUGUAGGAGGCAUUGGCUCUGGCAAGAGCUCGCUACUGCAAGCCUUGAUCGGAGAGAUGCGCAGAGUCAGAGGCAGUACGGUCUUUUCAUCAUCUGUUGCCUACGUACCUCAAUCAGCUUGGAUCAUGAACGCCACACUUCGCGAGAACAUCACAUUCGGACAGCCUGAUAACGAGAAGAAAUUCCAGGCGAUUGUUGAUGCUUGUUGUCUUCAGUCAGACCUCGAGAUGCUACCCAACGGCCAGGAUACUGAGAUAGGAGAAAAAGGUAUAAACCUGAGUGGCGGCCAGAAGGCUCGCGUGUCGCUUGCCAGAGCUGCAUAUUCGGGUGCAGAUAUUGUACUGAUGGACGAUUCUCUCAGCGCAGUCGACGCGCAUGUCGGCAAGGCUAUCCUCGACAAUUGUCUUCUCAACGGUCCUUUGGCUGGAAAGACCCGUGUGCUCGUUACACAUGCACUACAUGUCCUGGACAAAGCGGAUUACAUAUACGUCAUGGAUAAUGGUCUCAUUGUAGAGCAAGGCACCUACGCGGACCUGAUGAGCUCUGGCGCAACCUUCUCUCGCUUGAUGGAAGAUUACGGGAACCUUGAGAAGAAGGAAAAGGAGGUCGCUACCGUGGCUAGGGCAGAUGAGCCGGCCAUGGGUCCGGCGAAGGCAGACGCCAAAGAUGCCCGACCUCUUAUGCAGAAGGAAGAACGGAAUACAGGCGCAGUGACAUUGAAGACAUACGCGAGAUACUUUCGCUAUGCGGGCGGUCUAUUCUGGAUCGCCGUCAUUAUCCUAGAAUUGAUCUUGUACCAAGGCGCUUCAGUCGCAAACAACUUGUUCCUGGGGUUCUGGACGUCAGAGAGCAUCUCAGGCUUCACUCAAGGCGGUUACAUGGGUACCUAUGCUGCAUUGGGCGUCGCAAGCGCGGUCUUCUCGUUCUCUCUCAGUCUGUGCCUUACACUUACUACCUUAUUCGCCGGGUCGCGCAUGUUCUUCGAUGCGCUUAACGCAGUGCUCCAUUCUCCCGUGUCCUUCUUCGACACGACGCCGAUGGGCCGAGUAAUGUCCCGUUUAUCCAGUGAUCAGGACACGCUGGACACGAACGUGUCUAUGAUUGCAUAUCAGGUAACUUCGGUCAUAGGAACCGUUGCAUUGGUCUUCUAUACCUUCCCCUACCUCGGCAUUAUUUUCAUUCCGUUGCUCGUAUUCUACUAUGUCGCUGCACUGUUCUACCGCCGUACUUCCGUAGAGACGAAGCGACUGGACUCAAUCAUGCGCUCAGCGCUUUAUGCUGCGUACUCAGAGUCUCUGACCGGACUUAGCACUGUGCGAGCCUAUGCUGCCCAACGCCGCUUUGUCACGAAGUCUGAGUUUGGUCUCGACAUGGAGAAUAGAGCAUACUACAUGACGAUCGCGAUCCAGCAAUGGCUUGCUCUUCGCCUCAACACCCUUGGCAAUAUCCUCGUUCUCGGCAUUGCCCUCUUCGCCGCGGGAUUUAGAUUGUCUGUUAGUCCCAGCAGGAUCGGCGUUGUGCUUUCAUAUACAUUGAACGCGACUCUGGUGCAGACAUAUGCUCAGAAUGAACAGAAUUUCAAUGCCGUCGAGCGCGUACUACACUACACGGAGCUGCCUUCCGAAGGCGAACGAGAGACGCCCAACGAUCCUUCUCCCUCUUGGCCCGAGAAGGGACAAAUUGACUUCAAGGGCGUAGAGUUGGCCUAUCGUGAGGGUCUGCCACUCGUGCUGAAGGGAGUCUCAUUCACAAUACAGCCUGGCGAGAAGGUUGGUAUCGUAGGACGGACCGGUGCCGGCAAGAGCUCCUUGUUACAAGCUCUAUUCAGGAUCGUGAACGUCUCUGGCGGUGCCAUCGAGAUCGAUGGAUACAACACUCACAACAUCGGCCUCGACACACUAAGAGGUGGACUAGCCCUGGUUCCCCAGGAUGCUCUUCUCUUCAAAGGGACAUUACGAGAAAAUCUCGAUCCCCAAGCGACGCGCACUGACGCGGAACUCAUAUCAGCCUUACAGCGCGUCUGGCUCUUACCCCGAGAUGGCUCACAGGAUUCUGUAGCUGAAGCGAAGUUCAGCCUUGACGCGGCUGUCAGCGAUGAAGGUUCGAACUACAGCGCAGGCGAGAAGCAGCUGCUUGCGCUUUGUCGAGCCAUCGUCAAGAACAGCCGCGUCAUAGUUCUGGAUGAGGCAACGAGCAAUGUAGAUGUUGAGAUGGAUGCUAAAUUGCAGAAGACCAUCCAAACGGAGUUUGCAUCCUCAACGCUCAUGUGCAUCGCGCAUCGUCUGAACACAGUGGUCUAUUACGACAAGAUCAUUGUGAUGGAAGCUGGCAAAGUCGCUGAGUUCGACACGCCCAUGAAUUUGUUCGAUCAAAGGGAUUCCAUCUUCCGCUCUCUGUGCGAAGAGGCGGGCCUGUCGAGGCAAGACAUCGUUCGUAUCCGAGCAAGCGUCUCCACGAUGUUUACAUAGGAUAAAUUGCGAUAUUUGAGUCACAUUCCGUAUUUUCGAAUUGGAUUAGAUAGUAGUCACACCUAGUAGAGCUGAAUACCAUAACUGAUCUCGCAAUCUCCCUGUCUUGGAGACUGCAACAG